GUACAGCAGAGACCUGGAAGCCUCCGUUAGUUUAUCUACUAGCGGCCUGAACCACAUGGAGCAGCAACCUUCUUCUACACACCAAAUGGAUUUUUCGCGACCUAGCGCCAAGUCCAGGGUAACCUGGCUGUUCAACGACGACGAAUUCAACGAGUUUCGCUCAGAGGCCUUCCCUGUGGCAUCCCGCGCGCCCACCCCUCCCCUCACUCAGCUGGACAUCCUCAAUCUUCUGGAAGACGAGGAGGAGGAACUGGAGUUCGACAUCGUCAACAUUGACACUGAUCUGCUAAGGGUGCCGAAGAUGCUGUCUUAUGAUACUAUGGAAAGAGGAUUAGCUGAGAGCAUCAUGAAAGUAUUGGACGACAAGUCCAAAAAAGAAAUGUACGUCGACGAAAAAAUUGCAAAAAAAGAUAAACUCAAAAUCUCAACAACGGCGGUGGCAGACAGACAACCAGAACCUAUCCGGUACUCGGGACCACCUAAUGCUUUUCUUCUGGAACUUUUUGCGAUGCACCCGGAUUAUGAUGAAAGAUAUGGAUUCGACAUGCUGGAAGCAGCUUAUGAGCUGUUCCCUGACAGGGAUUACUGUGUCAUGUGCCUCCCAUCUAACCACCCUUCUUUUCCACUUUUGGAACAUUUUACGCUGGUGACCCCUUAUGGAACUCGGAUGCGGUUUAUAAAUGAGACGCUUUACGUUGCUCACGUUAAUUCUGUAAGAGGAGACGUCCAGGUGCGUCCGGGAGAAGCCAGCGACGUGGUCUACCUGAACGACAUCUUGGAGCACACUCCUCGUGGACAGUCUCUGAUGGAGCUCUUCGACUCGACUCUGUAUUCCCGAACUUUGUACUCCUUCAUCCUGUUCAGCCAGAAGCAACCGAUCGGCAUGGUGAUACUUGGACCUUUAGAGGACGGCACCGCAAUACGAACGCAGUAUGAUUUGGACCCAGAACCUCGACGUCCUUGCACGGACGGCACAGUGUUGGCAGGCGUCAUGUCGCCGGCGUUGGAACCGCACGGGCGCUGGUACAUGCGGGACAUUCUUCGACAGUCGCACUACACGACACUCCUUUGGAUCUGCAGGCUGUUCGCUAAAGGAGAUGUGGUAAGUUCCUAG